CCGGCCCGCGCCCCUCCUGGCCCGGUCCCGCCCCUCCCCCGCCCCGAGUCCCUCGCGCUGCCCCCCGCCCCGCGGCGUCCGGACGAUGCUCAAGUCCCGGCUCCGCAUGUUCCUGAACGAGCUGAAGCUGCUGGUGCUGACGGGCGGGGGGCGGCCCCGGGCCGAGCCGCAGCCCCGAGGGGGCGGGGGAAGCGGCUGCGGCUGGGCGCCCUUCGCCGGUUGCUCCUCCCGGGACGGCGACGGCGAUGAGGAGGAGUACUACGGGUCGGAGCCGCGGGCCCGGGGCCUGGCCGGCGACAAGGAGCCGCGGACCGGACCCCCGCCGCCGCCCGCACCGCCGCCGCCGCCGCCCCCGGGCGCGCUGGACGCCCUGUCGCUCAGCAGCAGCCUGGACAGCGGGCUCCGAACCCCCCAGUGCCGGAUCUGCUUCCAGGGCCCGGAGCAGGGGGAGCUCCUGAGCCCCUGCCGCUGCGACGGCUCAGUGCGCUGCACACACCAGCCCUGCCUCAUCCGCUGGAUCAGUGAGAGGGGCUCCUGGAGCUGUGAACUCUGCUACUUCAAAUACCAGGUCCUGGCAAUCAGCACCAAGAACCCGCUGCAGUGGCAGGCCAUCUCCCUGACGGUCAUCGAGAAGGUGCAGAUUGCAGCCAUAGUUCUGGGCUCGCUCUUCCUCGUGGCCAGUAUCUCCUGGCUCAUUUGGUCCUCACUCAGCCCUUCAGCCAAGUGGCAACGGCAGGAUCUGCUUUUUCAAAUCUGCUACGGCAUGUAUGGCUUCAUGGAUGUUGUCUGCAUAGGCCUCAUCGUCCAUGAAGGCUCGUCUGUCUACCGAAUCUUCAAGCGCUGGCAGGCAGUGAACCAGCAGUGGAAGGUCCUGAAUUAUGAUAAGACCAAGGACAUAGGUGGAGAUGCAGGGGGAGGGACGGCAGGGAAGCCAGGCCCCAGGACCUCACGGACGGGCCCUCCUGCAGGGACCACCAGCCGUCCCCCAGCUGCCCAGCGCAUGCGGACGCUCUUGCCUCAGCGCUGUGGUUACACAAUCCUGCACCUCCUUGAACAGCUGCGGCCACCAGAUGCCCGUUCAAGCUCCCAUUCUGGCCGAGAGGUUGUCAUGCGGGUCACCACAGUCUGACCUGGACUUCAGGAGCAGGGAUCUUAAGUCAAUGCAUCAGCCAGAGAGCAGCUGUCAUAGCUGCUGGAGGUGCCACCUGGACAAGGUGGGGCAUGGUGCUCUCACCACUGAGGAUAUCUUUGGGCGCCCUCAAGCUGGAGACAUUGUCUGGCCUCUGCUGCCCACUGGGUAGAGACAACUGGAUGACAUUCCAGCUCCCACUGACAGCUCCUCAUACUCAUCUUUAGGUGGCCAGUGAGCAGGAGGGGAGAGCAGCUUUUCUUCCCUGGAAAGAACCGUCUUUACCUCAGCUCCUAGGGCCUCCAGCCCCCAGGCUCCACCAUGGUGACUUGGUGAUGUGGGACAAAUGCCAGAAGAAAGGGGCUGUAGACCCCCAUUCCCCACCCCGUGGCCACAGGGCAUCUGGCAAUAAGACUAGUAUACAUUGACCUCCCAUUCCCUGCAUGAGGGCAAGGGACUUCCCCCUGCUCCACCCCCCCAUUGCAUGGGGGAAGGGCAUAAAGAGUCAUUUAUAUGCACGUGGAGACUCCUUUCUCAUCUGGGGCUUUUCUGGAGGGUUAGGAGUUGUGGGGAGGUUUCUCUGCACAGGUUGCUAGUCCCAAAUGCAGCAGUGGGUUCUGAGUUGGAGGUGUGACUCCCACUUGCUAGUGAAUAAUUCACAUUGGCUGCUAGGUGGAAGUGCUCAAAGGGGUGGGCCUACCACCUGUGAGUUGUAUGAUUUAGAAAAACAUCUCUCGGCUAUGGUUUUCCUGUCUACCUCAUAGAGUUGGAAUAAGGAUAAAUGAGAGACAGGUUGGGUGCCAUUGCAAAGAAAAUAAUUGCAUUAAAAAGAUUUUUACACUA